AUGGACGUGGAGGGUGGUGGCCGGCCGGCGGUGCAGCUGCAGUCCACGACGAAGCGGGCUGCGAGCUCACCUUGGGGACUUCAGAAAGCGACGCUUUUACUGGCAUACCAGAGCUUCGGAGUUGUGUAUGGCGAUCUCUGCAUUUCACCUGUCUAUGUGUACAAGAACACCUUCUCUGGGAAGCUGCGUCUGCAUGAGGAGGACGAGGAGAUCCUUGGGGUGCUGUCUCUCGUCUUCUGGAGCCUGACGCUCAUACCACUGCUCAAAUACAUCAUCCUUGUUCUUGGAGCAGAUGACGAUGGAGAAGGUGGCACAUUUGCAUUGUACUCGUUAAUGUGCAGGCGCUCAAGGAUGGGGCUCCUGAACAAUAUAAACAAUGGGUGUUUAUCGGCAUACAACCAGAAGGAACCUCGUGAGGAGCUAAAGAGUAGUUUGGCGAUAAAAUCUUUCAUCGAGAAGCAUUACUCGCUUCGUGUUGUGCUGCUGAUCUUCGUUCUGAUGGGUACUAGUAUGGUUAUUGGGGAUGGUGUCUUCACCCCAACAAUGUCAGUUCUAUCGGCAGUUUCUGGACUCAGAAUUAAGUUUCCAGAACUACAUGAAAAUUACACUGUGCUUUUUGCCUGUUUCAUUUUGGUUGUCCUUUUUGCGCUGCAACACUAUGGAACCCACCGUGUUGGGUUCCUAUUUGCUCCAAUUUUGCUUGCCUGGCUUGGCUGCAUUGGCGGUAUCGGCAUAUACAACAUAUUCAAGUGGAACCCUAUUGUCAUUCGUGCUCUGUCACCAUACUACAUAUACAACUUCUUCAGCAAGGCCGGCAAGGAUGGCUGGAGCUCACUGGGAGGGAUUGUUCUAUGCAUUACAGGUGCUGAAGCAAUGUUUGCUGAUCUUGGGCAUUUCUCAAAACUUUCACUAAGGCUUGGAUUCACAAUAGUUGUGUAUCCAUGCUUAGUCCUGGCUUACAUGGGUGAGGCUGCUUAUCUGUCUAAACAUAGGGAGGACCUACAAAGCAGCUUUUACAAAGCUCUCCCAGACAGAGUGUUCUGGCCUGUUCUGAUCAUCGCAACACUAGCCACAGUUGUUGGGAGCCAAGCCAUCAUCUCAGCUACGUUUUCCAUCAUAAGCCAGUCCAGGGCUUUGGGGUGCUUCCCGCGGAUAAAGAUCGUGCACACGUCAAGCCAUGUCCACGGCCAGAUCUACAUACCGGAGGUGAACUGGGUUCUCAUGUUCUUGUGUCUGGCCGUCACAGUCGGCUUCCGCGACACCGAAAUGAUUGGAAAUGCCUAUGGGCUUGCUGUGAUCUUGGUGAUGUUUGCAACCACAUGCCUUAUGUUCCUCGUCAUCACCAUCGUGUGGGACCGGAGCGUCGUCCUGGCAGCGCUCUUCACGGUCGGCUUCGGAUCCAUGGAGCUCAUGUACCUGUCGGCGUGCCUCGCCAAGGUGCCCCAUGGCGGGUGGCUCCCGCUGCUGCUGUCGCUGGUGACGCUGCUGGCCAUGUCGACGUGGCACUACGGCACGAAGAAGAAGGAGGAGUACGAGCUGCAGAACAAGGUGUGCCUGGACCGGUUCCUCGGCCUGAGCUCCGGCAUCGGGCUGGUGCGCGUCCCGGGGGUCGGCUUCGUCUACUCUAGCGCCGCCAAUGGCAUGCCCCCGAUGUUCGCGCACUUCGUCACCAACUUCCCGGCGUUCCACCGGGUGCUCAUCUUCGUGUCCCUCCAGACGCUGACGGUGCCCAAGGUGUCGCCGGAGGAGCGGUUCCUGGUGGGGCGGGUGGGCGCGCCGGCUCACCGCCUGUUCCGCUGCGUCGUCCGGUACGGGUACAAGGAAGGGCGGCGGGACCACUUCAACUUCGAGAACCAGCUGCUGAUGAAGGUGGUGGAGUUCCUGCAGCGGCAGGACGCCGCCGCCGCCGCCGCAGAGGUGGGCGACUACUACUCCAGGGAACUGUCGGUGAUCCCCGCGGCGCCGGCGCCGGCGCACGCGCACCAGCUCGUGGACGCGGACUCGGCGCCGCCGAUGGCGUCGUGCAGCACCUCGUCGUCCUGCGAGAUCGACGCCGGCGGCGCCGUCGGCAGGAGGGUCCGGUUCGAGGAGCCCCGCGGGGCCGGCGGCAGUGGCGGCGAGGAGGUGAAGACGCUGCUAGAGGAGCGGGAGUCCGGCGUGUCGUACAUGAUCGGGCACACCUGCGUGCAGGCCCACGAGUCGUCGUCGGCGGUGAAGAAGUUCGCCGUCAACGUGGUGUACGGGUUCCUCCGGCGCAACUCGCGGCGGCCCGCCGUGGAGCUCGGCAUCCCCAACACCUCCCUCAUCGAGGUGGGCAUGACGUACAAGGUCUGA